GAUCAUGUGGAUUCUUAUUCUAGAUAGGUGCAGUGUCUCUCUCCUGGAUUUCAGGCACAAUGUUUGCGUUAUUGGUUUGCAUCCUGACACUGCAUGAAGUGUACUCUGCGUGCAAUGUGGUAAAAAUUUGCCCAGACAGCACAGCAGUUCAGGCUGAGAUCCUUAACCAGCACAAUGCCUUCCGGAGAGCGGUUACGCCAACUGCUAGAGACAUGCUCAAGAUGAACUGGAGCGAGGAGGCAGCGGCCAGUGCUCAGGCUUGGGUUGACACCUGCUCCAUGGCUCAUGGCCCACCCAGCAGUCGCAUGCUUGGCGACUACGAAAUGGGUGAGAACCUGUUCAUGUCCUCCACUUCUAAGAAUUGGACUGAAAUAGUUACAGCCUGGCACAGUGAGGUCAUAGAUUACUCCUAUCCCAAUGGAUCUAUCAAUGGUAAAUCCAUCGGCCACUACACACAGGUGGUUUGGAACAGUUCAUACAAGGUUGGCUGUGGUGUGGCCCUGUGUCCUGGCUCAGUCUAUUUCUAUGGAUGCCAGUAUUACAGAGCGGGAAACUACAGAGGAGUGGCUCCAUACAAGGAAGGAGCUACAUGUGCUGACUGCCCCAACUCCUGCGAAAACAAGCUUUGCACCAAUCCCUGUCCUUACAUAAACAAGUAUGUCAAUUGUGCCGCAAUGAAAAAACAGGCCGGGUGUAGUAAUCCUUUGGUGUACGCCUGGUGUCCCGCCCUCUGCCUGUGCACCUCCAAAAUCAUCCCAAUAGCAAAGAAGUGA